UUCCACUGGACGCAUAAGACUCUCCUGGGGUACAGCUUUCAGGCGAUGACUUUAGUCCAUGCUCUUGUGUGAUGAAGCCAACAGCGAACGAGACUCCUUUCUCCUGACCUCGUUCCUCAAUCUAGGGCACACCUUAGUUCAAGAAUCUGACAGAGCUCUCCAAGAAGAAAGAAAGGAAAGCCAUUUUGCUCCUGCCGUUUUCAAGAGGGGAAUAUCUGUCUCUGGGAAAUGAAGGGCCUUCUCUGGUGCUGGGUGUGUGUUCCACAGAACUGUCAGACUGGACCUUUCAUUUGAAGACUAUUCCAAGGCAUGAUUGAUACCACCUGUGCCUUAACUGUUCCCAGUCAAUGCAUCUGGAACUCCCCUCCCAGUCAUGACAUCUUCGCAACAGCCCCACUUGAAGGACUCACUGGGAGAACUGCUGAGCUCUUGGAAAAGAGCAGUCGUGUGCCUCCAGAAUCUGAGGACAACUCGCGGGUGCAGACCAUGGAUGCUUAGGAAAUAGUUGGGGGUCUUACAACAAAUGCUGGAGCCUGUGGGCUGUUCAAGGGAGGCACGUGACAGGGGAAUCUCUAGCACCGAAGGCAGUUGUGGUGCUUGUCAUCUUGUGUCCAGGCUCCGAGGGAUGAACAUGAAUAAGGCCAGGAGCCACAGUGAUUCCACCUGCCCUUGCAAUGGCAGCCAGUCACCACUGGGCAAUGGGCUCUCAGCCAGUGAUUCAGGUUUUCUGAGUGCUGUUUGGGCUUCUGUGCAGACAUCCCCCUCUGAGGAGGGCAUGGGAGGUGUGCCUCUCUGCCCCAACCAGCUGCUUCAAGUCACUACACAUCUCAGAGAAAUGGACAAACAGUUCCAGCAUUUCCGGGAACUUUUCCAGCAAGAUGGCAAUGCCCUCUCAGGCCCAAUUGAGGUUAGACUGGCUGACUUGCUCCAGGCCACCUCAUCCUUUCUCAGCAAGUACCCAGCCUUGAAUGUUCCUGCCAUUCAGCCUGCCAUUGCCUCCCUCAUCACCUGUGUGAAUGAUCUCAAUAGCCAAGUGAAAGGGACUGAAAACAAGAAACGCUUCAGUGAGAUUUUCCGGAGUCUGGAUGCCAUAGAAAUUUCAAUUGGAAAUUCGGCAGUUGAUAUGUUCAUUGAUGAUGCUAAUGACAAUGAUAGUGGAAUCUCAAACCUGCAGACGGAAAAACUACAGACAGAUGAAGCUUUCUAUAAAUGUGAAGGAAGUUCGGAAGCAGGAGAACCAGGGAACAUGUCAGCUGAAGAGGCCGACGAGAUGCUGAUCAAGUGCACUGGUGGAGUGGAAGCAGCCCUAGGCUAUGCCAAGAUGUGGUGCAAGUACAUCAAGGAACUCUUGACCUGGGUUGACAAACGCCUGAAUUACGAAACUGAGUUUGCAAAGAACAUCCUGAAGAUCGCUGAUGCUGGCAGGAGUGCCAUUUUCCCACAGACUUGCAUGCCCUUACAGACUCUGUACACCAUGACUAUGGAGCAUGACAUCAGGGCAGGGAACUUGGCCAUAGAGACGGCCGGGAUUUUGCAAAUGAAGGAAUACUAUCAGCCUCUUUGGGCGAAGAGGAAUGAAAUUGAGAAAUGGCGGAAGGAAUUCAAAGAUCAGUGGCAGAAGGAGCAGAAAAAGAUGAAUGAUUCCAGGUCCUCGAUGCAGAAGUCGCGGCUCCACUACCUCCAGCGCUGCGAGGAUCUGGAGAAAGCCAAAGUGCUAAGUGCCAGAGCAGAAGAAGAAUGGCAGGCCACUGCAGGCAGCGGCAACAAGCAACUGGAGAAACGGCGGCGAUGUCGUGAUGAGCUGCAGUCAAAGGUUCAGGAACUGGAAGUUGUCUAUCGAAGCUGCGUCUAUGAUGCUAACAUCCACCGGCAGGAACUGGAGAAAGUCAGGGAGAGAAUCAUCUCCCACAUCCGCAAACUUGUGUACCAAGGAGAUGAAAUGCUGAGGCGGGUCACCUUGAGGAUGUUCAUGUUCCAGAAAGCUCAAGCAGAGCGAAUCCCUGCAGGAUACCAGAACUUGACUGAGAUCUGCAAGCCCUACAAGGUUGGGGCGAAGUACCUGGAGUUCAUUCAGAACCUGCAGAAAAGCGAGCUUCCAAUGGAGGUGUACAAAUUUGAGGAGUUUAUAUCCUCAGGGCAGAGGUCACCCCCCAAUGCCAGAAGAAAAAAUGCUUCACACAAUACUCGUAUCUCAUCAUCUGCGGCUGACCUCAGCAACUCCUCAGAAGAUCCCUCUGGAAAGCCAUCUUCCUCAAGCAGUGAGCAAAGUGGCAGCAAAUCCUCCUACAGUGACACUGAGAGUCUGGGAGGGAGUACUGAGGGCCAGUCCUUAGAUUCACCUGCCUCCAGCCCAGGCCACAAGAAGUUGCUGAAAGCUGCAUCCACAGGCACUGUGUCCUCCUCUGAGGACUGUGAAGGCAAAGAUUUAAGGCAAGCCUAUGACCAUGAUCUCACUGAUGCUGCUUCUGAAAAUGGCUUGUCCCAUUACCACUUUAAGAACAUCAACCUGUCCAGUGCUGCUCAGACCCACCACCUGCGGAAGCUGAGGGGCCCUUCAACAUGCAGAGAAUGUGAGAACUUAGUGGUCAAAGGCGUCGAAUGUGAAGAGUGCUGCCUGACCUGUCACCCGAAAUGCCUGGAGAGCCUCCUCAUCAACUGUGGUCACCAGAAACUGCCAGCACAGGCAUCGCUCUUUGGGAUCGACUUCCUUCAAGUGUCACGGGAUUUCCCAGAAGAAGUGCCCUUCAUUGUGGCAAAGUGUACUUCGGAAAUAGAAAGGCGUGCCCUGGGAGUGCAGGGCAUUUACCGCAUCAGUGGAGCCAAAUCACGGGUGGAGAGGCUGUGUCAGGCCUUUGAGAGUGGCUGGAGGCUGGUGGAGCUCUCGGAUCAUUCACCUCAUGACAUCACUGGAGUCCUUAAACAUUUCCUUAAGGAGCUUUCUAGUCCUGUGCUCCCGUACGAGCUGUAUGAUGAUUUCAUGGCUCUCUCCAGGAGCGUGCAGAGAACGGAAUACAGAACAGGGGCUGAUACUGAGACCUUGGCAGAUCCCAUCAAGAGUACAAAGGAUUUACUGCGCAAACUGCUACCAACAAAUUAUAACACAUUACGGCACCUCAUUGCUCACCUCUACAGAGUGGCUGAGAGAUAUGAGGAUAACAAGAUGUCUCCCAACAACCUGGGGAUCAUAUUUGGGCCCACACUGAUCCACCCUCCCUUGAGCAAUGAAGUUUCCAUGUCAUGCCUCGUGGACUCAGGGUACCAGUCCCAACUGAUUGAGUUUCUCAUCCUCAACUACGAAAGGAUUUUUGGGAUGGAUGACCUGCCUCCAUCUGAGCUUUGUGAACGUGAAAACUCUUUGAAAGAAGCAAAUACCAAUGAAGCUCUUUCAAGCAGUGGAAGAGAUGUUGAUGCACCUUCUGAGAAGCCAUAUCUGGAUGAAGACAAUAGCACUGCUGUGGAUUGUUGCUCUACCAGUGCCAGGCAGAAGCAGUGUAUGGAGCAAACCCACUUUCCUGAAAGUGGGGAAAUCAUAGAGCUGAACAGCAGUGAUGGCACCCAACAGAAUGACGCUACGCUUGACCCUGAAGCCGCCAAUGUCAGCCCACAGACCAGGGGGCGCUUCAGCCGGAUGCCUGUGAAGCACCCUCGCACGGUCACCCCCAAAGCGCCCAGUCUGCCCCUGCUGGCUGCUACCAUGGCUGGCUCAGAGGCAGUAAGCAGUCUGCUGGAGCAAGGUACAAACAGCCGCAGCAACUCGCCAGACACUCGAGGGCAGCGCAAGCACUUUGAGAUCACUCCGGAGACUGCCAGGAUUGUCUCCAAGUUCCAGACUCAGAAUGGGAGCCAAGACGGCUGUCCUGCUGCAGGGCUGGAAAACCCACUGGAGGGAGAGCCUGUGGAUGCAUUGGGAGGAAGCAGGACUGAAUCUUGAGCCAUAAUGUUUUUGUUUUAAUUUUUUUAGGAAGCAAACCAGACAAAGGGCUUGAAUUCCAGUUCCAUGAACAAUUUGGAAUAACUCAAGCCUAACUUUGCAAAAGCAGAAAAAGCUGUUGCUCACCUAAGAGUACACUUGAGAACUGGGGAAGAAACAGCCCUGGGUGUAGUAUCUCACAGAAACCUAGGAGGGAUAAUUCCCCCUCCAGAUUUAACUGUUGCAUUUCUUUGCUUUGCAAUGGCUUUGCAGUGGAGGGGAGGAGCCAGUGCGGAGCUGCUGGGUUGCUGUAAGCUACAAAGCCAUUGGUGCAGUCUCUCUAAAUGGGGCUGAUGCUGAAGGGCAACUUCCAGGGGGUGGCCAGGAGCAUUUGGUAGGAGGAAGAGUCAAGGGCAGAGCCUAAGGCAUAGCAGGAUGUUGCUUGAGGUCCCAGGUGGCUGUUUUUCCAGGGGCCGUGUUGGGGAUAAAACACAUUUGGGAUGUUUGGGGGUAGGGCAUGACUGUUCAAGCAAAAUCCAGGGUGGCUCAAGGGUGGUUUUUCCACCUGGGUUGGGUAUGGUUUGAAAAGGUGAUGCCAUUACGCUGAGACUACAUGAGUGCAGGUGGGGGGCUCGACCAGACUGCCUCAUGCAGGGCUAUAUUCGGCAGGUUUAAAGAUACCAAAAUAUUGAGAAAGGUGAGCUCCAUGACCUAUAUAAAUUUUGCCAAUUAAGUAAAGUUUCAUAACUU